GUCAGCAUCACAAUUAGCAUGUAUGUGUUGAAGCGUGAUCCGCAAACCUGCGACCGUUAAAUUUGGCGAAAUCAAUCAGACGAGACGAGAAUCAACUCAGGACAUCGCUCAAUUCAGCCUCCCGAAAGACCCGAACGCAGCAGCAACAAGCACAACCAUCACCACCACCAUCACCACCACCACACGGCACACCACACGCUCACACAGUAACAUAACACCAACACUGCAGUAUGUGGGACGCCUUUUGCGAAGUUGUGGCUCCUACUCCAAAAAAGCCCAUCACCUCCAAGUUUCAGGCCGCGAACUGUUCACCGCCUGAAGGACAUGCAGACGUGUUCGUGGACGCUGCUAGGGCUGCGAAUUUAGGAAUCGACUCAUCCACACUCUCCACUCUUGACGAUGCCACGAUUACUUACAUGUUCAUGAAAGAUUUUGACAAAACUUUGCUAGAAACCUCGAAAGAACCUCUCACCAAGAAGGAGUGUGGAGAGCUGCUUGUCGACAAGGCGCGAAAGUGCAUCAAACUCCACAACAUCGUGGCUGUCAAAGGAGGAGAUCGAUCCUUUUCAGUCCUACCAGAGAAGCUACACACGUACAAGCAGUUUCUUGAGGAUCACCCUACAUGGAAGUCCGGAAGCAACAACAACGCAAGAACUAUUUUCACGACAAACGAAGGCUUGCAGCCCAUUUACCGAGUGCAGAAAACAGGGCUUUGCACCUGGACUUCUGCCACAUCCGUGAAAGACUACGAUCAUCAGAUCAAAUUCCGAUCACUCUAUGGUGAAUGCCACUAUACGAACAUUUCAAGGUUCAUCCGAAAUCAUUUGGACAAGCGAUCGCUCUGCGAACUCAUUUUCCCAGAGCAUUUUCCCAAUGACGUGUCUCUUCCCCGGAGCCUUAACAACCUGAAAUGUCUUUACAACCAGAAAACACGUUUUUGGACUUGGACCUUUACACCAUUCAUGAAAUCCUCCAUUGGGGAUAGUCUACGGGAUGCUUCACAAGCAUUCAUCGCGACGAGCCCAGGCCUGGUCAGUAACUUUCUCGUGGACGAAGUUUUCAUGAAUUCGGACAGGACUAGUUUUGAGGGACCCGUCACUAUUCAGGACGACAAAAUUGUGGGCGUUCAUUCUCUUAUCCUUGUGGGAGUUCGCACUGAUGAGAAGACGAAAAAAGUCUGGUACAUGCUUCAGAAUUCAUGGAUGGAGAAGCAGUUUGUGGAGGUAGACUUUUCAUAUCUUGCAAGCAUUGCGACCGUGAGUCGCAAUCAUGAACUUGGAGGCCUAAUGAUCACUUUCCCUGAGCCAUGCGCCGAAAAUCAUGAUGAACUUCCAACGGCUAACUCUGGGUUCCAUAGGGGCACACGAUACAUUGAAUCGAGUCCACGACAUAGCUUUUCUGGUGACGAGGCUGACUCGGACAGGCAGGGCAUUGCGGCUGUUGUUACCGGGGACGCAUAUGAGAUUCCCGAGCUUGUGAGUUUCCAAACCUCGAGCUCGUCGCAAAGCGAGUUCUCGGACGAAUACUACACUAUCACAAUCUCCAAGGAUUGGUGUGGCGUCAUAAUGAACUAGCUCCAGGACGGAAUUAGCUUGCGUCUUGCUGAGUUCGGGAUUAACUGUCAAUACGUCCUUCCGAGACGGUGGAUGUAUGUAUAUCCCAUUGCUCGAAUUAUAAAGAAGGACCAAGGGAACACGAGGGGGCCAAGCGUAGCGCGUGAGCCAUUGAUAACCCUACCAAAAAAAUUAAGGUUAUCAAUAGGGCGAAACUAUUAUUACCCCCUCGGGUCUCCCUGGUCCCCCUACUGUUUUUCCUAUAGUGAAACCUGAAAAGGGGGGACCGGGGGACCGGCAUUAAACGGAAUCAAGCUGAAGAGAUAAAGAACGGUACUCAAAGCGGAAUUUCUUGCCGGUCCCCGGGUCCCCUCCUGCAGUAAGGUUAAGGUUAAGCCAUACGGCGAUUGAGUUGCAAGGACCAAGGCAUCCAAUCUCAGCUCACGCGGCGAUUGAGCGUACCCAAACCGUGCCAUUCAACUUCAUGCCAGUCCAUUGCGCAAACCGUGCCAUUCAACUUCAUGCCAGUCCAUUGCGCAAACCGUGCCAUUCAACUUCAUGCCAGCCCAUUGCAAACCGUGCCAUUCAACUUCAU